AGCAGUCAGUCAACGAAGUCACACCCACACACACAUAUACCUCUACCACCCACCCUCUCUACACCCUCUUACACCCUCGUCUUAUAACAAUAAUGAAGUCUGUGGCAGCAGCGGUGGUGGUGGUGGCACUGGUGACGGUCUUAGCCACAGUUCAAGCCUCACCUGGCGGCCUCGAUGCCUACGGGAACGGCGUCGGGGGCGGCUUCGUCGGUGCCUCCGUCGGGUAUGGCUACGACGGAAACCACGGCGGUGAAGGAGGCUUUGGAGGCCACUACGGAGGUCAGGGCUACGGCGGGGCUUACGGCGGCUUUGGAGGUUACGGAGGUGGGAACUAUGGGGGAGGCUACGGUGGAGGCUAUGGCGGCGGAGGCUUUGGUGCUUACGGUGGCAGCAUCGUCGGCAGUCGAGGCUCUGGUGGAGGCGGUAAUGGGGGUUACGGUCACUAGCGGUCAGGAAGAGAUUACGGUCACUAGCAGCGGUCAGGAAGAUGGCCGUCUCUUCAACAUGCACAUAACUUGACAACUCAAUACGAAAUAAAUAUUAUUUAAAAGAGA